UAACUAGCAAGGUAUUCAAAUUCUUCAGACAGUUAUUACCAAGUGCUUUACAUAUUUUAAUGAUUUAAUUACUGGUGGGAGGGGGGUGUCUAAAUACGCUCUUUGAGUUUAUUAUUCCUGCAAGCAUUUCUCCCUCGAUUUGUUUUUACUAACCCCAUUAUUAACAUUAUCAAAUGUGCAAAGAUGGCCAUCGAAUGAGCAGGUUUACCACUCAUAUAGAAAAUGUAAUCAGACCAUAUCUGGAUCAUUAAAAUUGGCCUCUGUCCUUACUGAGCCACAUUCCCUUACCAACAUGUCGACAAAAAGUGGUUGGGUUAACUGUAUCCCACGAGGGACAUUUCAAGUUGCUCUGCGCUUAUGUGGAAUUCAUAAGCGGUUUUGGCUUGGCGCCGCUCUGGAACAUGGCGGAAGGACUGAAGGCUGAAUUGAAUUCGUAUGGGCGCAGCUUUCAGCUCACGGAGAUGGUGAGGCAGAGUAAGAUUGCUGAGCUACAGGCCUUUCAGUGCUCACUCAAGCUGCAGAGUAAUUCCUUGCCUUUGGUUCCUGUGAAAGAGACUAGUGUGGGCCUCCCCACCCUCCGGUAUAGCCCUCCUACCUCUGAAGAUCUUCCACUCGGCACCCACGCCAUGCCAGAGAUGGUGAGCAGCCAACCCCUCAGCAUAGCGGAUGCAGGGAAAAGAAAGAAAAAGAAAAGAACAAGAGUGACUGAUAGCUUCACUGGUAACUUCAAUGAUGUGUACAAGCUGACUGAUGAGCUCCUGGGACAGGGGAGCUAUGCCAGGGUACAGGGCUGCAUCAGCUUACAGAACGGGAGGGAGUACGCUGCCAAGAUCAUUGAAAAGAAAGCUGGGCACAGCCGCAGUCGUGUGUUCCGGGAGGUUGAGACACUAUACCAGUGUCAGGGGAACAAGAAUAUUUUGGAGCUGAUAGAAUUCCUUGAAGAUGAUAUGCGGUUCUACUUGGUGUUUGAGAAGCUGCGAGGAGGCUCAAUCCUGACUCAUAUACAGAGUCGGAAGCACUUUGAUGAAAGAGAAGCUAGCCGGGUGGUGAGGGACAUUGCGGCAGCCUUGGAUUUCCUCCAUACUAAAGGUAUUGCCCAUAGGGACCUCAAGCCUGAGAAUAUACUUUGUGAAUCUGCAGACCAGGUGUCUCCAGUGAAGAUCUGUGACUUUGACCUGGGAAGUGGAGUGAAGCUGAGCAGUGCCUGUACACCCAUAACAACCCCUGAGCUAACCACGCCAUGUGGUUCUGCAGAGUACAUGGCCCCGGAGGUGGUGGAGGUGUUCACAGACGAGGCCUCCUUCUAUGAUAAGCGCUGUGACCUGUGGAGUCUGGGUGUGAUCCUCUACAUCCUGCUCAGCGGCUGCCCUCCCUUCACUGGGAACUGCGGGACAAACUGUGGCUGGGAGAGGGGGGAGGCCUGCCGCUCCUGCCAGAGCAACCUGUUUGAGAGUAUCCAGGAGGGGAAGUAUGAGUUUCCUGAGAAGGACUGGGCCCACAUCUCUGACAGUGCCAAGGACCUGAUCUCCAAGCUGCUGCUGCGUGAUGCUAAGCAGAGACUGAGCGCUGCCCAGGUUCUGCAGCACCCAUGGGUGCAGGGGAAAGCCUCAGAGAGAGGCCUGCCAACCCCUCGCAUACUACAGAGGAACAGCAGUACAAAGGAUCUGACCCAGUUUGCUGCCGAUGCCAUUGCCUUUAACCGGCAGCUGUCCCAGCAUGAUGAGGAGCAGGAGGACCUGCUGCCCAGCGUCUGCUCCAUGAGACUGUCACCCCCCUCCAACUCAAGACUCGCCCGCCGCCGUGCCCAGAGCCACGCCCUCCGAGCCACAGACUUCCUCCCAGCGAGCAGUGAUGAUACCUCCUGACCCCCCCCCCCCCUCCCAGCUUCACCUAGCCUGAUGGAUCUUCAGCAGUGUCUCUACCUCCUGGCCCUGUCCAUUUUCUUACACUAGUCAACAGAGUUUUAACCACUGAACCCAGUUUUCUUAAAACCACCCAGGUUCUAGCUUUGACGUGCCUGCAAUGCUGCAGCUGGUAUUUUUGUUUGCCACCUACUCAAAACUUUGGAGCCCUACCGGGUGUUAAAUCUGCUGGUCUAAUAUACAUGCUGUGUGCUACUCUCCAAAAACAUAUUGCUACUAAUUGGAUGGUGGCGCAUCUGUCUAGGUGUUAGUAAGAACACAGUAAGUGAAGUGAGAUGGUGUGAUUCGCUCCUUUUGAUGGGGAAAAAAGAAAUAGCUGGAGCUUGGUAGGAAUUAAUUUCAGUGGUUACAGGAACUUUGCUUCUGUUAUAUUUAAUUGCAGUUCAACAUUUUAUUUUAUGUAUUUCUGAUAACUAUGUUACAGCUAAAUUGUUAAAUUAAUGAUGUAAUUGCAUCUGUAGGGUGUUUUCAUACUUAAACUCCUUUUGAGUUUCCUUAUGCCUUUUAUAAAACUGCUUGAACACAUUUCAGCAUUAAGUCCAGAAAAUGGCUUAAUAGUAGGUGAUUGUGCAGUUAGACUGAGAUUGCAAUCUUUUAGGAAUGGUACGUUGGAUUUCAGGAUUUAUAACCAGCUUGCUAAAUAAUAUUUGUGCACAUUUUACUGCACCGAACUGUAGUGUAUUGGUAACAUGCUUGUUAUUACUACAUGAAGUACAGUAAGGUUGCAUCUCUUAAGACAAUUAACCCUUUGCCACCAGGAUCUGAGCUUUAUCACAGUCUUGCGUGUGUCAUAUUGGCAGGGCGCUGCCCAUGUUUAAUACCCUGCAAAUGCGGAACACUGCUGUAAUUGAAUUAGUGUUCAGAAUACUGUAUCUUGCUUACCAAUCAACACACCACUCUGAUUUGCUUAGAAUUUGUUUAUUUAGCAUUUUUAUUUUAGCCAGGUUUAUGUCUUAGUUUUAUUUUAUUUUUAUUUUUUCAGUUUUAAAUUGCAGUGUAAACCAAGCGCAGCAUUUUAAUUGGCACCUUUUUGUGCACAUUAUCCAGAAUUCUAUAUAUUGAACUCAAAUUAUAAAUGAGGCGGGCUUUCAAGAGGCCUCUUCGCCUGUGAAAUGUAAAUGGAAUAGGUUUCAUUUCACACUGGGUGAUGAGAUAAAUGUAGCAUUAAAACACUUUUCCCCCCCCUCAUUUUCAUUACUUCAGUAUUCUCAGUAAUUUACGCUUCCAAGAACAUUCCCCACUCUGUGUUAAAUGCACAUAACCUGUAGUUGUGUGUGGCAGGAUUGCACAGUGCUUACUGUUUUGCACAUCUUUCUUGCACUCUUACACCCAUUCUGUUUGGCUCACUGUCCUCUACACUUGUUCAGUAUUAUAUACAUUUAUUUAACUUGCACAUUAUUACAGUAUGUCUUUAUUGCACCCCCCCCCCCCCCCCCCCAGACACAAUUCUCUUUGCAUGAGUAACGGAUGUAGAAUAACAGUUUGACUUCUCAUUUAUAAACACAGUCCAAAGAAAGGGCUGUAUAUCAAAUGUUGAGGUUUUUUUUUAUAUAUAUAUACCCAGGAUGGUAAAAGUGUAGAGUUCUUGUGAAAUAUUUCAAGGGUGUAGGGUGAUCUGUUUAUUGCAGUGUCUAGUGAUUAGUGGUCCAACUAUCCAAAUAUGGAUUUCUUUGGGAGAUUUCUAUGAUUCCAUCUUAACAUUACUCUGGGUUUCUCGCCGUACAGAAUAGCCACAUGAAAGUGACAUUUUUUUACAAAUUUAUAGAGUCUUUAUCUAGAUACCAGGAUGUCAUGAGGAAGAUGUACCUCUUUUGUCCUCUGCAAACAAACAAACAAACAAAAAAAACACAACUAAUAGAUACUUUUUUGAGGUGGUAGAGAAAAAAACACACACACUGUAUAGCUCCUAAUAUUCUCAGGAAUUUGUGUUUUAAAAAGUACAAUAAUCUUAACAUGAUGGUUUAAUUUCAAAUGUAAUGCUGCCUGUUUAUUUUAAAGAUGAAGUGUCAUGACAGUCCUGUUUUAUUUAUUGUGUUGAAGAGUGACUGGUUUUAUCUUGAAAGGAACAUGGGGAAGGUUGUUUAAGCUAGUUUUUUAAUGUAUCCUUUGUGCAUUAAAAUGCUCUUUUCUUUACAUCUAGCAAUUAUUUAGAGCUAAGGAACUAACAAACUUCAUUGUUUUGUGUUUUUAAUAUGUUAAAUGUCUGUUUCUUACUGAGUUCUUCACUCAUGCACUAUGCUGUAGUAUGUCUGUUUUACCCUGAAAAAAUUGGAACCUGUGAUUAAUAUACUGGGAGCAUUUGAACCUGAAAAAAAAAAAAGUGUCUUGUCUUAGUUACCAGUUCACUGUUCCCAUUAUCUAUGUGCUGUUAACCUUUCUUCUCCAGAAUCUGUUUAUUCUGUGAUGAUCUACAGCUGUUGAUGGUUUGAACUAGACGUUGUGUUGAUUUUGAUCAACCUGUAAUCAUUGAGAGAAGCCACAGUUGGAUUUGUGUUACUUUGAAAUGAGCACUGACCAGCACAGAGAGCAUUGGGGGACACUUUUUAAUGUGGAUCAACAGGAUUUGAAGUGUUUUUUUAGAGCUGUUGGAGAAGACAAUUUGGGUUAAGCAAUGCUAAGGUGGCAUUGAAAAGGAUACUGAAGCUAACUCAGGGUAAAACAUUUAUUCUUGGUUACUAUAGCCUAUUUUGUUCUUGCUGUAGACCUGCUCUUAUAGAUGUUUGUAUUCUCUGGAUGUAGCAAUUAAGUGUAUGAGUAAACCAGAAUACUUUUUCCUUUUAAGCUGUGACUUUUUAAAUUUUUUUUGUGUGUGUUUUACUAAACAUGAGAAAACAAUAUUAAAGUUUUAAUGAGCUCUUUGGUAUUCA